UCGUCUGAACGGCAGCUGCACUCAGGCGGCCGUCCCGGGCCAUGGACUCAACAUCUCGCAGCGACAAACCUGUUUGACAGCGACUAAAGUCAACAUUUUUAAAGAAACGGCGGUCAGACUGGUUACAGAACUGGAAUCGGGUGUGUUGACCAGUGAAUGCAGAGUCAAGAAGGUCAAACUUUGUGAUAAAAAAGAGAGUAUCUGGAACAGGUCCAGUUGUGUGACUCUGAGCAUGACAGCUGUGGACGGCCUUUCGGACGGCACAGAGGUGGUGGAAAUGGAGGAAGCCCCAUCUCAGUUUUUUGUGGAGAAACAUUCUUGGGAGGGCCUCCGUGAUAUUAUCCAUUGUAGCAGGAAGUAUUCGGGUAUGAUUGCCAACAAGGCUCCCCAUGACUUCCAGUUUGUGCAGAAGACAGAUGAGAAUGGACCCUACUCCCAUCGCUUGUACUACCUCGGAAUGCCUUACGGGAGCCGAGAGAACUCAUUACUCUACUCUGAAAUCCCCAAGAAGAUUCGGAAAGAAGCCCUCUUAGUGUUGUCAUGGAAACAGAUGUUGGAUCACUUUCAGGCCACACCACACCAGGGGGCCUACUCUCGAGAGGAGGAGCUGCUGAGGGAGCGGAAACGGUUGGGUGCAUUUGGUAUCACGUCCUAUGAUUACCAUUCUAAGACUGGCCUGUUCCUCUUCCAAGCCAGUAAUAGUCUCUUCUACUGUCAAGAUGGAGGCAACAAUGGCUUCAUUCAGUCUGCUCCUGUAAAGCCUGUCGAAAUCAAGACCCAGUGCUCAGGCACCCGCAUGGACCCCAAGAUCUGUCCUUCAAACCCUGAUUUCAUAGCCUUCAUCAACAACAAUGACCUGUGGAUAGCCAAUAUUAAGACAGGCGAGGAAAGGAGACUCACAUACUGCCAUAAAGGUCUAGACAAUGUUAAGGAGGACCCCAAGUCUGCAGGUGUAGCAACGUUUGUCAUCCAGGAAGAGUUUGACCGUUUCACUGGUUACUGGUGGAGUCCAUCAGCGAUAGAAGACAUUGAUGGAGGCAAAACAAUGCAUCUUCUGUAUGAAGAGGUGGAUGAGACAGAAGUAGAAAUUAUUCAUGUUCCAUCUCCGGCGCUGGAGGAGAGGAAAGCAGAUGCGUAUAGAUAUCCUCGCACAGGUAGCAAAAAUCCGCAGGCUACACUCAAACUGGCAGAGAUCAAGACAGACCUUCAAGGAAGAAUCGUGAGCACUCAAGAUAAAGAACUGGUCAUCCCUUUUAACUCCUUGUUUCCUGGAACGGAAUACAUUGCCAGAGUAGGAUGGACAAGUGAUGGAAAAUACGGCUGGGCAGUGCUGCUGGAUCGCAGUCAGAGGAAACUGCAGCUCGUUCUGCUGCCUCCAGCCCUCUUCAUCCCUGUCACGGAAGACCCAGUUCUGAGGCAGGAAAGUCUGGAGACUGUGCCCAGUUUCACACAGCCAUAUAUAAUCUACGAGGAAACUACUGACGUCUGGAUAAAUGUUCAUGAUAUAUUCUAUCCCUUUAUUCAAACAACGGAAGAUGAGUUUACUUUCAUUUGGGUAAACGAGUGCAAAACAGGUUUUAGCCACCUGUAUAAAAUCACAUCACUGUUCCAACCUGGCUGCUAUCAGUGGACAGAAGACUACCAACAUGUAGAGGGAAACUUCAAAUGUGCUGUGAGGGAGGAGGUUCCUCUGACCAGUGGAGAAUGGGAGGUGCUGGCAAGACACGGCUCCAAGAUCUGGGUGAACGAGGCAUCGAAGUUGGUGUAUUUCCAGGGCACCAGGGACACUCCCCUGGAGCAUCACCUGUAUGUAGUGAGCUAUGAGUCACCUGGAGACGUGGUCAGACUAACCAAGCCCGGCUUCUCCCAUAGCUGCUCCGUUAGUCAGAACUUUGACUUUUUCGUCAGCCACUACAGUAACGUGAGCACGCCUCCCUGUGUCCACUUGUACAAGCUGAACAGCUCAGAGGACGAUCCGCUGCACAUGGCUCCGGAGUUUUGGGCCAGCAUGAUGGAGUCACCAGGUUGCCCCGGAGAUUACAAUCCACCUGAGAUUUUUCACUUCCCAGGAAGGUCAGGCUUCCAGUUCUACGGGAUGGUUUACAAACCUCACAACCUGCAGCCUGGCAGGAAACACCCAACGGUUCUCUUCGUGUAUGGAGGCCCACAGGUUCAGCUUGUUAACAACUCCUUUAAGGGGAUGAAGUACCUCCGUCUUAACACGCUGGCUUCUCUUGGCUAUGCCGUGGUCGUCAUUGACGGGAGGGGUUCCUGCCAGAGGGGCCUUUUAUUUGAGGGGGCUCUAAAGAACAAAAUGGGUCAGGUGGAGAUUGAAGACCAGGUGGAGGGGCUGCAGUAUGUGGCGGAGAAGUUUAACUUUGUGGAUCUGAGUCGCGUCGCCAUCCAUGGCUGGUCUUAUGGGGGAUUUCUGUCUCUCAUGGGCCUCAUCCAGCGGCCCAACAUCUUCAAGCUGGCUAUUGCUGGAGCUCCGGUGACGGUGUGGAUGGCCUACGACACGGGCUACACGGAGCGCUACAUGGAUGUGCCGGAGAACAACCAGCAGGGCUACGAGGAGGGAUCUGUGGCGCUGCACGUGGACAAGUUGCCAAGCGAGCCCAACCGUUUGCUUAUUCUCCAUGGAUUUCUAGAUGAGAAUGUGCACUUUUUCCACACCAACUUCCUGGUGUCACAGAUAAUCCGUGCUGGAAAGCCCUACCAGCUUCAGGUCUACCCCAACGAGCGGCAUAGUAUCCGCUGCCCUGAGUCUGGAGAGCACUACGAGAUAAUGCUGCUGCACUUUCUACAACAGUACCUAUGAAAGAGACUGGAGGAGAGACAGGAAAUCCAGUCCUGCUCUGCCAGUCUCUGAUCUCCACAACCACCCAGUCCCAGCCCAGCUCCUCCUCUGAAAAAUGUCCUGAUCAUCUCACGCCCCCGCUGUAUUUUCCUUUUUGCCCCCUCUAUAUUGUGCUCUUUCUCACUCUGUGGCAUCCAUGGACUCCCCUCGUCUGCAAGCGGGAGAAUGCUUGACGAGCCGAGGAUUUGGUGUCUCCCCCCCGAAAGCAGAACAAAGACAAGUGGAGAAAUCCCUGCAGGCUGUGUUACAUUACUGACUCAUGGCUCACCCACAUGUUCAUCCCUGCGCCCAUAAUGGUUUUUACCAGAUGUUGUCGUCGCCCUCCCCCCCCGCUGUUUUAUUCACUUCAGUCAGUGGUAGGAACAGGACUUCAGUUCAGGGAGAGCUGUAAAACGAAAGCUCCCACACUACCUGUACACAUGUAAGAUACAGUUUCUUACACACAAAAACACAACGAGACUCGCACACUAUCACAAUAUCCAGGAGUCUUUAACAUGCAGUUUGUGUAAGAAGGGAGAGAGUCCAGGCUCUUCCUGUGUCCACUAGUUUUAAGUAUGUGUUGUCUAGAAUAAAAUACUUGUAUGAAUUUUUAUUCUUUUUUUUUAAACGAGUGCUGAUUGAAGCUGCUCGUUGGUUUUCGUUUCGUGCCAUUUUCUCCCCUCAUAUCACAUCGCUCAAGAUGUCUGCUUGCCUUCUUAAUACAUAAUUUAUAUUUUCCAAAGUACCUCUUGACUCUUGAUCGUGCUGGUAUUUCCUUUUUUUACUGCAAUAACAACAGGAGGGUGAGCACUGGAGUCUUACAUCAGCUUUGUACCACUGAAAUACAAUUUGUACAUGACUAUGAAUAAAUGUAUUAAUCUGUU